CACACACACACACCAAAUUUGCAUUUUUCGUCAUCAUCUACUCUUUUUCUCUCUUUCUGCAUUUUUUUCUCUUCCUCCAGCUGCGAUUAAAAUUCUGAAUAUUUAAGGAAAAAAACAGAGUUCAAUCUCAGAUUCAGCAGCUUCUUCACUUGAAUCAAAAUUAAUCGUAACUGCUCGAUCAUAAGAUGGAGGAACCAACUCAAGUAGCAAGUUCCGAGGUCCCUGUAGUGAAAGGUGAUGCUGAUGACCUUAAGACAGUUGAUUUUUCCGUCAAGGCUGUGAAUGGAGAAAUUCCAAAGGAAGAGAAGGAAGAGGACGAUGGGGAAUUUAUAAAAGUUGAGAAGGAAGCGUUUGAUUCCAAGGAUGAUGCCAAGAAAGCAGAGCAUGUUCCUGUUGAAGAGAAAAAGGAAGUUUCAGUUGAAAGAAGCUCGAGUGGUUCACAAAGAGAACUACAUGAAUCACAAGAAAAGGCGAAAGAACUAGAGCUCGAAUUGGAAAGAGUAGCAGGGGAACUAAAACGAUAUGAAUCUGAGAACACGCACUUGAAGGAUGAGCUUUUGUCUGCCAAAGAGAAGUUAGAAGAAAUGGAAAAGAAGCACGGAGAUCUUGAAGUUGUCCAAAAGAAGCAACAAGAGAAAAUUGUUGAAGGGGAAGAGAGACACAGCUCACAGUUAAAGUCCUUAGAAGAGGCUUUGCAAUCCCACGAUGCCAAAGAUAAGGAACUAACUGAAGUUAAGGAAGCUUUUGAUGCGUUGGGUAUAGAGCUUGAGAGCUCCAGAAAGAAGUUGAUAGAGCUGGAGCAGGGGCUAAAUCGGUCAGCUGAAGAGGCUCAGAAAUUUGAAGAGCUGCAUAAGCAAAGUGCUUCUCAUGCCGACUCUGAGACGCAGAAGGCGUUAGAAUUUGCAGAGCUUCUUGAAUCCACAAAAGAAAGUGCCAAGGAAAUGGAGGAAAAAAUGGCGUCCUUGCAACAAGAAAUCAAGGAGCUGAAUAAUAGGAUUUCUGAAAACGAAAAAGUUGAAGCGGCCUUAAAGAGUAGUGCGGGAGAAUUAGCUGCAGUGCAAGAGGAAUUGGCACUUUCGAAAUCUCGUUUGUUGGAGACGGAACAAAAGGUGUCUUCCACAGAAACCCUCAUUGAUGAAUUGACUCAGGAACUUGAGCAGAAGAAAGCUUCCGAAUCUCAGUUCAAGGAAGAGUUAUCUGUUCUCCAGGAUUUGGAUGUUCAGAUCAAAGAUCUUCAGGCUAAACUUUCUGAACAGGAAGGUAUUAAUUCAAAGCUUGCGGAAGAACUCAAGGAGAAGGAAAUGCUGGAGUCCGUAUUGAGAGACCAAGAAGAAAAGCUGAGAACUGCAAAUGAGAAGCUAGCUGAAGUGUUGAAAGGAAAAGAAGCGCUUGAAGCAAAUGUAGCAGAGAUCACGAGUAAUGCAGGAAAAUUAAAAGAGGUCUGCAAUGAACUAGAAGAGAAACUGAAAACUUCAGAGGAGAAUUUCUCCAAAACUGAUGCUCUUCUGUCUCAAGCUUUGUCAAACAACUCUGAACAUGAACAGAAACUGAAAUCGCUGGAGGAGCUUCAUACGGAAGCUGGAUCUGUAGCAGCAGCUGCUACCCAGAAGAAUCUUGAGUUAGAAGAUGCUGUUCGGUCCUCUAGUCAAGCAGCAGAAGAAGCCAGAUCACAGAUAAAAGAGCUGGAGACACAGUUCACUGCAGCUGAACAAAAGAACGUGGAGCUUGAGCAGCAACUGAACUUAUUGCAGCUGAAAAGCAGUGAUACAGAACGGGAGUUGAAAGAACUGUCUGUGAAAGCAUCUGAACUAAAAACUGCUAUUGAUGUUGUCGAAGAAGAGAAGAAACAGGUGACCAGUCAGAUGCAGGAAUACCAGGAAAAAGCAUCUGGAUUGGAAUCAUCUCUGAACCAACUAUCGGCAAGAAAUUCAGAGCUUGAAGAAGAUUUGAGAACCGCUUUGCAGAAGGGUGCAGAGCAUGAAGACCGUGCUAAUACAACUCAUCAGCGCAGCAUUGAACUAGAAGGUCUGUGUCAAACAUCACAGUCAAAACAUGAAGACGCAGAAGGAAGAUUGAAAGACUUAGAGCUUCUCCUCCAGACAGAAAAAUACAGAAUUCAGGAACUUGAGGAGCAGGUUAGCUCGCUUGAGAAGAAGUGUGCGGAAACUGAAGCAGAUUCCAAAGGUUACGUGGGUCAGGUGGCUGAGCUUCAAUCCACACUUGAGGCAUUUCAAGUGAAAAGUUCGAGCCUUGAAGCUGCUUUAAACAUUGCAACUGAGACUGAGAAAGAACUGACAGAAAAUCUAAAUGUUGUUAUGGGGGAGAAAACAAAACUAGAAGAUACAGUAAAUGAGCUCAGUACGAAGAUCAGUGAGUCUGAGAAUCUGUUAGAAGGCCUCAGGAGUGAAUUGAAUGUCACACAAGGAAAGUUGGAGAGUAUUGAAAAUGAUCUGAAAACUUCUGGUUUACGGGAAAGCGAAGUAAUGGAGAAACUGAAGUCUGCUGAAGAGAGUCUUGAGCAGAAAGGAAGAGAAAUAGAUGAAGCAAUGACGAAAAACAUGGAGCUUGAAGCUUUGCAUCAGUCUUUAAGUAAAGACUCAGAACAUAGACUUCAAAAGGCAAUGGAGGAUUUCACUAGCAAAGAUUCAGAGGCCAGUUCUUUGACUGAGAAGUUGAAAGACUUGGAAGGCAGAAUACAAUCAUAUGAAGAGCAGUUGGCUGAAGCAUCUGGCAAAUCUUCGUCUUUAGAAGAAGAACUUGAACAGACUUUGGGAAGACUUGCAGCUGCAGAAUCAGUUAAUGAGAAACUCAAACAAGAUUUUGAUCAGGCCCAAGAAAAAUCUUUGCAGUCAUCAUCAGAGAAUGAACUACUAGCAGAGACAAACAACCAGCUCAAGAUCAAAAUUCACGAGCUUGAGGGGUUAAUUGGUUCUGGUUCAGUCGAGAAGGAAACUGCAUUGAAAAGGUUAGAAGAGGCAAUUGAAAAGUUUAAUCAGAAAGAAACAGAAUCUAAUGACUUGGUUGAAAAGUUAAAAGCACAUGAAAACCAAAUGGAAGAGUACAAAAAGCUGGCUCAUGAAGCAUCAGAAGUUGCAGAAACUAGAAAAGUUGAGCUUGACGAGACUCUAUCAAAAUUAAAGAAUCUUGAAUCUACUAUUGAGGAGCUCGGGGCCAAAUGCCAGGGGCUUGAGAAAGAAAGCGGGGAUCUGGCUGAGGUGAAUUUAAAGCUGAACCAGGAACUAGCCAAUCAUGGGUCAGAGGCCAACGAGUUGCAGACGAAGCUCUCUGCCUUGGAGGCUGAGAAGGAGCAAACAGCCAUUGCGCUUCAGGCUUCAAAAACGACAAUAGAAGAUCUAACAAAGCAGCUUACCUCUGAAGGGGAGAAAUUACAGUCUCAGAUCUCUUCCCACGCUGAGGAAAACAACCAAGUCAAUGCAAUGUUUCAGAGUACCAAGGAUGAGCUCCAGUCAGUUAUUGCAAAGCUUGAAGAACAACUAACCAUAGAGAGCUCUAAAGCUGAUACUCUGGUGUCCGAGAUUGAGAAGCUCAGGGUUGUGGCUGCUGAAAAGUCCGUUCUGGAAUCCCAUUUUGAAGAACUUCAGAAAACCUUGUCAGAGGUCAAAGCUCAGUUGAAAGAAAAUGUUGAAAAUGCAGCAGCUGCUUCUGUAAAAGUGGCGGAACUGACCUCAAAACUGCAGGAACACGAACAUAUUGCUGGUGAACGAGAUGUACUCAAUGAGCAAGUGCUCCAGCUUCAGAAAGAGAUUCAAGUGACUCAGAAUUCCUUUGCUGAACAGAAAGAAGCACACUCCAAGAAGCAGUCAGAGCUUGAGUCUGCAUUAAAGCAAUCACAAGAAGAGAUUGAAGCUAAGAAAAAGGCGUCCGCUGAAUUUGAAUCAAUGGUCAAAGAUCUUGAACAGAAAGUGCAGCUUGCGGAUGCUAAAGUUAAGGAAACGGAGGCGAGGGAUGUAAGUGUUAAAUCUCGAGACAUUGACUUGUCCUUUUCUUCUCCAACUAAACGUCAGAGCAAAAAGAAGUCAGAUGCAUCUCCUUCUUCUUCGAGCAAUGUUACUACUACUACUACUACUCAAACAGCCUCAACGUCGCAUCUCAUGACAGUGAAGAUCAUAACUGGUGUGGCUCUUGUUUCUGUUAUCAUUGGUAUAAUCCUUGGAAAAAAGUACUAGUCUCGUCUUCUCAGCGUGGAAUGUGAUGUUCAUAUUCGAAGUGAAGAUCUCUCCUUCUUCAUUUGUUUUAUUUUUAUUGGGGGUUUUUGAAUUUUGAUAGCAGAACUUGUGAAGCUUUGCGUGAAUAUGCUUCUCUCUGCUUAUAUUUGCUUGUGACGUUGGUUUCUGUUUUUCAUGGGUCUGGGGAUUUUGUUUGUACCAGUCCUUGCUUGUAGGUCAAGCAAUUGUUCAGCUAUAUUUUAUUAAAUUAAAAUGAAAGGUGAAGUUAAUUUGAUAUUUA